GGAGCGAGGGAGGAAGGGAAUAUGGGAGAUAAAAAUCCCUUAGAAUUAAAUCACCAGCCUGCUUCCUCACUGCCUACCAACCCAGAGAAGGGGUGGGGAGAUCUGAAAAAAACCCAUUAAAGCAUUGAAAGAAAAUGAAAAGCAGCAGAUUAUGGAAAUAUUCGGAAUCUGAAUUAAAGUGGGCAUCCUUCUGGAAGAACUGCUGGUCUGGUUCAUCAAACAAACAAACAGAAUCUAGUACACACUAAAUUAAAAAACACACACACAAAAAAAAAUACAAAACGAAACAGGACUCCCCUUUUUGCUGAGGGUCGGAGAAUUGUGCAAGGAGAGCCACGUCCGGAGUGUGGACAGUGGAGAUCCUGUGAACUUCCUUUGAAGAGAGGAGAGUACUUUGGAGAUGUCACGGCAUCACAGCCGGUAUGAGAGAGAUUAUCGCAUCGGGUGGGACUGGAGGGAUCGAAGCUCCAGCUGUAGCAAUGUAACUAAUGCCAACAGCAACACCGUCACGAACAGACCUGGCCUUCUACCACUGCCCAUCGUUCCCUCGCGUCUACUAACUCCAGUCACACCUGUCUGCACCACGGCAAGCAAUGAGAUGAUGACGAAUUUAAUGGCCAGUUCUGUCCCUUCCACAACUACAGCUUCUAAGCCUUCAAGCAUUUCUAAGAUUGACAGUCAGACACAAGGACAAAUGCUCAGUAAAGGUGUGAGAUGGGGACAAACUCCUAUCAAUCAGUCAACUCCCUGGGACACAGAUGAGCCUCCAUCUAAACAAAUGAGAGAAAUAGAAAAUGCCGGUCCAGCAUCAUGGGUCCCUUCAGUUGCUGCAGUCGGCCAGCCUGCCCUAAUACCUCCCACGUAUGGGAUGACACAACCACCAGCAUUCAGUGUCCAAGGCCCAGUGAUUGGAGCCACGCCUACCAUGCCACCUCCAGUUCCCCCUCAACUUCCACUUAUGACGGCACAUUAUCAAGUGCAACAUGCUUCCCAGCCUCUAACGAACAUGGUUGUUAAUCUACAAAGUCAGCCUUUGUACACAAGUAGCCAGCCAAUUACCAUGUCCCCUCUCACUGGGGUGGGUCAGGUGACUCAGCCCCCCCAAAGCACGGUGGGGAAUGGUCAAAUGAGUUGCCCCAUUCUGCAGCCAUCAGCUGUGCCCUCAGCAGCCCUUCCUAGUAAUGCUCAAGGAGUCAAUGAGCAGGUAGUCUCCCACCUUCCUUUAAAUCCACCACAAGCUGAAGACAGCAAAAAUGGCGUGCAGAUGUUACGGACAGUCGGGACCGGAAAAUACGAGUUCAUGGAUCCAUGGCACCCGAAAGGUGACCAACGCAAGUCCCCUGUCAGCACCAUGGACCAGGCUCAGCCCAGACUUGACACCACGGAGGAACUUCAAACAGAAAUGUUGAAGGAGUUGAACGAGCAGCGCAGAGCGAAAGAGUUUACAGACCUGAAAAUAACUGUUGAAGGCAAAGAGUUUGAAGUCCAUCAAAAUGUUCUAGCUUCCUGCAGCUUAUAUUUCAAGGAACUGAUCAAAAGGGCUUCAAAGGACAACAAAAAUGGAGAGAAGCUGGAGUUGACAAUUUCAAAUAUAAACGCAGAUGUGCUAGAAAUGCUGCUGGAAUUUGUUUAUACUGGCUCACUCAUCAUCAAUUCUGGAAAUGCAAAAACUCUACUGGAAGCUGCCAGUAAAUUCCAGUUCCGAACUUUCUGCAAAGUUUGUGUUUCAUUUUUAGAGAAACAGCUAACAGCCAAUAACUGCUUAGGAAUACUGGCCAUGGCAGAAGCUAUGCAGUGUAAUGAACUACACAACAUGGCAAAAGCCUAUGCACUGCAAAACUUUCCAGAAGUAACAACCCAAGAUGAAGUACUGAAUGUCUCAAAAGACGAUCUUAUUGCGUUUCUCUCCAAUGACAACUUGAACACAAAGGCUGAAGAACUUGUUUACGAGGCUGUAAUUAAAUGGAUUAAAAAGGAUCCAAUGAACAGAACACAGCACUUGUCUGAGCUGCUGGCUGUGGUCCGUUUGCCUUUUAUUCAUCCAAGCUAUCUGUUAAAUGUGGUUGACAAUGAGGAAUUGAUCAAGUCUUCAGAGGCUUGCCGAGACUUGGUAAAUGAAGCAAAACGCUAUCACAUGCUGCCGCAUGCUCGACAGGAAAUGCAGACUCCUCGGACACGGCCAAGGUUAUCUGCAGGUGUGGCUGAAGUGAUUGUCCUGGUUGGUGGUCGCCAAAUGAUCGGAAUGAGCCAACGUGAUCUCACAGCCGUCAGCUGCUUUAACCCCCAGAACAACAAAUGGUACCCAUUAGCCAGUCUACCGUUCUAUGACAGGGAAUUUUUCAGUGUUGUCAGUGCAGGCGACAACAUCUAUUUGUCCGGUGGCAUGGAAUCUGGUGUCACACUUGCUGAUGUCUGGUGUUACAUGUCCCUUCUGGACAAUUGGAACCUGGUUUCACGGAUGACUGUCCCAAGGUGUCGACACAACAGCCUGGUGUAUGAUGGGAAAAUUUACACACUCGGUGGCAUUGGUGCCUCUGGGAAUCUCAAUCAUGUUGAAAGGUAUGACACAAUUACCAACCAGUGGGAAACAGUGUCUCCACUUCCCAAAGCUGUGCACUCUGCAGCUGCAACUGUAUGUGGUGGCAAAAUCUACGUGUUUGGUGGCGUGAAUGAGGCAGGACGGGCGGCUGGAGUUUUACAAUCCUAUGUCCUUCAAACAAACACAUGGACUUUCAUUGAAUCACCUAUGAUAGAUAACAAGUACGCCCCAGCAGUGACUCUCAAUGGUUUUGUCUUUAUACUUGGAGGUGCCUAUGCCAGAGCUACGACUAUCUACGAUCCUGACAAAGGCAACAUCAAAGCAGGGUCAAACAUGAACCACUCGAGGCAAUUCUGCAGUGCCGUGGUACUCGAUGGAAAAAUCUAUGCUACAGGAGGAAUUGUCAGUAGUGAAGGACCGGCAUUGGGAAACAUGGAAACGUAUGAUCCCCACACAAACACUUGGACAAUCCUACAAAACAUGCCUUGCCCGGUAUUCAGGCAUGGGUGUGUAGUCAUCAAAAAGUAUAUUCAAAGUGGUUGACACAAGAUGAUAUUGGUUCCUGAAUUGUUUUAUUCUGCUGUAGCAGUGCUUUAAAACAAUGAAUAUUUUCUCUCUACUGUCUACAUUGAAUGUAGAUUCCACAUUCACCAUUUGGUGAAAUAGGGCAAAAAUCCCUAUGGAUGUAUUGUAAUAUAACUUAUGGUGUUUCUAGUAGUGUCACAAGACCUGGCACUUGGUUUAGAUACUGGGCAAUUCGAGUAUGAAUGCCUGCUUUAUAACAAUCAUCAGUUUUACUUUCAGUUACCUUUAUAUUGUUCAAGGCCAUUUAGAAGGACAGUUGGUUCGUAGAGUGUAAUACCUACAGUACCAGAGUAUAGCAGCGUGUACUCUAUUCAAAGUAUGAGCAGUCCCACAGAGCACAAGAAAACCUCAAUAAUGUGGGAGAUGAUGUAAGCAAAUCAGUUGUACACUGGGGCAAAACCGACGUGUGUUGCACGUUUUAUUCAUGCACAAUCGUAGAAAAAAGCACUGAAAGUUAUACAAUUAGAAUACUUUUUUAAAAAAUGCAAAUCAUGUUCUGCAGGCAAUUUUCUCCAAUAACGUGAAGGAAGGCCACUCAAACAAAAAGAAAUGAAAAUGCAAAUAAUUUUGUGAAAAAACUAUAUUUGGAAGCAGAAUUUUAGGUUCGCCUUGUUUUGUUAUCAGUUCCCCUAUUGAAUUGUAACAACACCAAGAGGUAUGCAAUGCUGUUUUGUAAAUUGCUGUUGAGAAGCAGGAACAGGGAUAUUAAUGCCAGAAGUGUUUAGAAGCUGUAGCUGUAAUGUCUUGCAUUGCCAUCUGGAUUAAUUCUUUCCGUGUUUAUAUCAUGGAUGAUACAUAAACAAACGUACUGCACCAAGAAUAAAUAUAUAUAGGCCCACAACUUGUUUCUGUAUUCCCUCUUACAGUAGCUAAUGUGAAAGUAUCAUUUAGCUGGAGGAUUUUUGUUUAAACUUAUUUGACAUUUUUUAUAUUAUCACAAAAGUACCUAAUCAUUUCCUUACCCAUUUUAUUCAGAAAUACUAAACUGAAACAAGGCAAAAUUAUUUAAAUCCAAGGCACUUUUUUGAUAAAAGUAGUAUUUUUCUGAUAAAAUAACUCUCCAUUUAAUUGCACACUUAAGUAUCACUGUGUGGUGAACUUGCUUCUUAUAUCUAGUAUACCCAGAACAUUGGGGUAUAUUAAAUUGACGUGUAAUCUUGAUGAGUUAGUUAAUGAUCUGAACAAAUGGGUUCAGAAGCCACUACAGUAUAGAGGGGACUUAAAUUCAAUCAGUCCAAGUAGUCUUGCGAAAAAGAAGUCAGUAACUAUUGGAGUGUACAAUCCCACUUAGUUCAUUCAUGUCUUUUAGAGAAGAAAAUCCUUUUCCAGUCUGGUCUGUGAGACGCCUGACUCAGAACAAUGUGGCUCCUAAAUUUCCUCUGCAAUAAGUUGUUGUGAAGUCAGCUCACUGCUGUUUUCUCAGAAGCAUUCAGCAAUGGACAAUAAAUAUUGGUUCUACCAUAUGCACAGCAUCUGCAGUGAAGAAAUAAGGGGGAGAGGGGGUGGAAGGGCAGGAAAGAAAGCAAGCUGCUGAUGCAUCUACUUCUGGUAUUCAUGGCUCCAAACAACUCAUAUAUGAGUAAUAGAUAAUCUAUAUUGGCUGCUUAUCCAAGGCAGACGAGCUGGUAUAUAUAUGAUUGCUUUGAUCACGGAAACAUACGUCUGUGUGUACAUCUUCUGUACUGAUAGUUUAGGUUUCCUGUAAAAAAAAAUCUCAUGUCAUGCUCAUAGAAGUUUCAGCUUUUUAGUAUGUACUGUAUGAAUAUGAUUUAUAUAUUCAUAUAUUGGGUAGUAUCCUGAGUUUAAACUCUGAAUAUUGAAUAUAACAUGUACAGUAGUUCAAAGAAUAGACAAUUUUUCAUUAGCAAUGAGUUUUUUUGUAAACUUCCAGUAUCAGAAUUAUAUAUAUAUAUGUAAGGUAGAACUACAGCAAUUUAUGGACCAAAAUACUUCUGUACAGUAUUUUCUGAUAAAAUUGUAAUCUUAUUUAAUAAAUUAUUAGGGCAUUUACAACCAUACGUUGCAAUGGGCCCAUGUCUGAAGUGGCUUUUCAAGGUCACUUGAUAUGCAAGAAAAGCACAUGCUCAAACUGUAAUUUUAAAUCGCAAUGUUUAAUCAAAUGAAAUAGACUCAAUCAGAUAAUAGCAUGAAAACGAAAAGCAAAAAGGAGCAUCUUAUGCUACUCAAUCUAACUAAUCCCUUCUGACAGAUUCCCUCAUCACUACAUCAUUAGUCUCCUUCCUCGUGUAUCUGCUACACACUGCUAGAUUAUAUCCUGAGGCUUCAUUGAUUUUGAGUAAACCAAAGUCUCAACAUGUUGUUACAAAUCGCUGAUAUUUGUCACAAAGCUGCAGGUAAAUGCAGGCAAGGUCCUUGUACCUCAUUCACCAGCUUAGCCAAGGGAGCUUAAAUGGGAGUCAACGCUGGUUGUUCUAACCUCAACACAUCUGUGACACACUCUCCCAUUCUAUCUACCACUGCUGUGGUGUUAAGAGACAGCACUUGCAAUCCUACAACAAUGUGACACGAUAGGAAGCCAACUCACACUUAAGAUUGGAAAUUCAUGACAUUCACCCCGGUAAGUUCUUAAUACAUCUUAUAAAAUUUAAGUUAGAGGAGGUGAUGGCCUGGUGGUAUUAUCGCUGGACUGUUAAUCCA